GCGCCGCGAACCUUUCUGAAAAAAGGAAUUUCGGAAAAAAAAUACGGAAAUAAUCUCAUUUAUUUAUUAUUUAUUUUUGUUUUUUAUUUAAAAAAGAGUUCGUUCAGUGAUUUAGCGUGAAGUUUAAAUUUUAUGCCUGGUCUUCUUCCAUAGACAGCAAAGAUGUCCAGAAUAAAAUAGCACCGUUCUAAUUCAAACUCAGCAGUUUCGUUAUGUUGUAUUCAUAUUGACGACAAAAUAACUGUCUCAUAUGCACAGAGAAACCGUCAACGUGUUCAGAGAUUCAUUAAAAUUACGACAAAAACUACUACAAAGAACAACAACGUACUUUAAAGUAGUGGAAUUCGUAAAAAAAGACGCCAUACGAUACUUCACGUACGACUACGAAAUACAUCAAUAGCGUAUUAUGAACAUAUUCAUAGGUAACCAUUCUAAUAAUCUUGUUAAACUUAAACGUUAAAAAGACAAUAAAAUAACAAAAAAGUGAAGAAAACAAUUAAUAAUUUUAAGUAGUAAAAUCUUAUUGAUUUAAAUAAAUCGACUAAAAUAACUGACUAACCAUAGAUAAAAAAGGGAUUUUGACGUUCAAAAUGGCGGGAAAGGCUGAAGCUAUUGGGCCAAGGAACGGGCAUGAGUUGGCGCCUUUAAAUGCGAGGGCUGAUGGUAGCGAGAGGCCUCAUGGGGUCACGAUCGUGCUGCAAGGAUCUAGGGGGUCUUUACAACGCGAGGCCCCUGACGAAGACCGCGCAGCGUGGUCAGGGAAGCUGCAGUUCUUCUUGUCAAUCAUUGGAUAUUCUGUGGGACUCGGCAAUAUAUGGCGGUUCCCGUAUCUGUGCCAGCAGAAUGGUGGAGGAGCCUUCCUAAUUCCAUUCCUCAUCAUGUUAAUCCUCGAAGGCAUUCCCCUCUUCCUGAUCGAGAUGGCGAUCGGCCAGAAGAUGCGUCUCGGCUCCCUCGGCGUGUGGAACACCAUACAUCCAUGGCUGGGCGGCAUCGGCAUCUCCAGUUGUAUGGUGACACUCUUCGUGGCUUUGUACUACAAUGUUAUCAUUACAUGGGUGUUCUUUUACCUGUUUAAUAGUAUUCGGCUAUCAGCGGACUCCCUACCCUGGGCCCACUGCCCCGCCGACAACGGGACCCGCGAAGCCGAGUGCAACAAGGCCUCGUCCACCGUCUACUUCUGGUACCGAGAGGCACUGGACGCGUCUCCCAGCAUCGAGGAGCCGGGAGUGCCGCGCUGGUGGAUUGUGCUGUACCUGCUGCUGGCCUGGAUCAUCGUCUUCUUUAUUGUCAUGAAGGGGAUUCAGAGCAGUGGCAAGGUGGUUUACUUCACAUCGCUGUUCCCGUACGUGGUGCUGACCAUCUUCUUCAUCCGAGGAGUCACGCUGCCAGGGUCCACUGAUGGCAUCAUACAUAUGUAUAAGCCUAAGCUGGAAAAACUCCUCGACCCAACAGUCUGGUUGGACGCAGCUACUCAAGUCUUCUACUCUUUCGGCCUGGCCUUUGGCUCUCUCAUCGCGUUCGGCUCCUACAACCCGCCGAAUAACAACUGUGUUCGCGACGUCUUGCUCGUGUCCGUCUGUAACGCCUUAACAGCUAUUUACGCGUCUGUGGUCAUCUUUAGCAUUUUGGGUUUCAAGGCUUUUACUAUGGUGGAGACUUGUAUGACCAAGGAGAUCAAGAUCCUCGCAAACCUGAACAUAUCAGGCUUCACUCCGAACUCCAGUCACGACUACUACCGCCAGGAGUUCCCCCUCAUCAACGAGAGCUUCGUGGCCAAGUACAACCUCACUGGCUGCUCCAUGAGUCGACAACUUGAGGAGGCAGCAGAAGGCACGGGGCUAGCAUUCAUCGUCUUCACACAAGCGAUCCUCAAGCUGACUCCCGCCCCGUUCUGGUCGAUCAUCUUCUUCAUGAUGCUCCUGUCCUUGGGGCUUGGCAGUCAGAUCGGUAUCAUGGAGGGCAUGCUGUGCACCAUAUUCGACAUCGACUUCUUUAAACGGCUGAGCAAGCCGGUUAUUACUGGUUGCGUGUGCACAUUCUGUUUCUUCGUGGGUCUGAUCUUCACGACGGGCGCGGGCGAGUACUGGCUGAAGAUGUUCGACUCGUUCGCCGGCACCAUCGGCCUGGUCGUCGUGGCUCUGCUGGAGAUGGUCGCCGUUGUCUAUAUUUAUGGGCAUGAGAGAUUCACCAACGACAUCUACGAGAUGACCGGCUACCGGCCAGGCAUCUACUGGCAGGUGACAUGGCGCUAUGUGGGUCCCUUCAUCGUCACCUGCAUCCUCCUGUCCUCGCUGGUGUUCAUGCUCAUCAACCCUCCUACUUACGGGGCUUGGAAUGCUGAUGAGGGCCGCGUCAUCAAAACCCCAUACCCGAACUGGGUCCUCGUGAUCGCAGUUCUGAUGAUCAUGGCUGGAGUACUCCCGAUACCAGCCGUCCUGCUACUCCGCCGCUUCCAAUGCCUGGCCUUCGACGUGGACAUCCAUCAGGGCUCCAUCAGGAGGAUCGAGACUACCGUCUCUACGAAGGAAAUGAUGAGCGACCAGGAUGUGCUGUCGCCGGAGAGCGCUCCGCCCGCGCCGGCGCAGCUCGUCGCUGAGGCUGCUGGCACCAAGUUCACUAUCGGAGACUUUGAUAGCGUGGACAGCAGCGAUGAGAGACCCAGCAAGCGACUGCCGGAGGUGAUCGCACGCGGACGCCCCAAGAAAUAAAUUCUUCAGAUUCAGAGGACAACAUACGAACGACCGGUCGCUUCGACGACUCAAGCAGUAGUGACGAGGAGAUUCUAAAUACAAAUUGCACAAAAGGAACCGUUCGUAGGCUAGCAAUGAAGCCCAUUGGUCGAAAGCCGAC